CGGGGUUGCGAGCCUGCGCAGUGGCUCGGGGCGCUCUCGCGGUAUUACCGGCGAACGGGAAGUGCGGCUGUCGAGAGGGAGCGGCUGGGAAAAGUAACGGGACCUGGUCUGUUACGUCACUCGGCCCCUCGACCGGGCACCCCCAGCGGCCCCUCUCUUUAAGGGCUGAUAUGACGUCAUACUAUCAUUAGGCCUUCCCUGCGAUGACGUCACCCGCGCCCUCCCUGGACAUUAAGAUGGAGGACCCCGGGCAGCAGCCUGACAACAAGAACACCCUGAAGAAGACCAAGUUCGACCUGCGCAUCGUCCAGUCCUACCUGCAGCGGGCCCGGGAAGAGCGCCCCCUGCUGGCCGUCCCCGUGGAGGAGCUGGACGCCCACCUGGCCAGCUUCAUCCGCACCCACCGCAAGCAGGACGGCUCGGAGUACGAACCGGGCACCCUGCGUGGCAUCCUGGGCAGCCUGGACCGCCACUUCGAGAGGUGCGGCUACCCGCACGCCAUCUACCGCUCCCGCGACACCAAGUUCCUGAGGACGGUGGCCGCCAUGAAGGAGAAGCAGAGCUACCUGAAGACCAUCGGCAAGGGGAACCACCCGCACCACGCCGAGCCCCUGACCGAGCGCGAGAUCGAGCUGCUCUACGCCACCGGCGCCAUCGGCCUCCACAACCCCACCGCCCUCCUCUACAUGCUCUUCUUCAACAUCGGCCUCCACUUCAGCCUCCGCACCAUGGAGCAGCACAACCUCAAGUGGGGCGACAUCACCCUCAAGGCCGACGCCCAGGGGCGCAAGUACCUGGAGCACACCAAGAAGCUGUCGCCGGGCCGCGGGGGCGGCGGCGGCGCCAAGUUCCACCCCUCGCACACCAUGCGCAUGCAGAUCUACGAGAGCCCCGAGCAGCCGGAGCGCGACGUGGUAAAGGCCUACGAGAAGUACUCGGUGGAGAGGCCGGAGAAGAUGAAGUGCGAGGACGCCCCUUUUUACCUGACGCCACAGCCCGACUGCCGGCCCGGCUACGCCCGCUGGUUCAAGAACCUGCCAAUGGGGGAGUCCAGGAUUCGCGGCAUCAUGAAGCACCUGAAGAUGGCCGCCGGGCUGUCGCCGCAGAGAAAGAUCUUGGGGCGCUCCCCGCUAAAGAGCCCCGUCUUGCUGGGGAGCAGCAUGGCUUCCAUUCUGUCCGCCCAGGUCAAGGCCCUGAGAGGGGAACCGUCGCUGAACGGCUGCCGGAGCAACGGUGUCGCCAUAAAGAAGGAGGAAGAGGACGCGUAUGGUCAGGACGAUUCAUCGGACACAGAGGUCGGGUACAAAGCUCUGGGGCUUCGCAGCUUCGGUACCAGAGAGAGACUGUCGGAGAGCGACAGAGCCAUUCCUUCCAGCGUUGUCGGCAGCCCCAGACUCGCCAAGAUUAAGGAGGAGUGGGAGCCAGAAGAGGCGUCGGCCAAGGGAGUCAAUGUGAAGGAGAAGAGCGUCUUUCCGGGACAGGGAUCUGUGACGUUCCGUGACGUGGCGGCCUGUUUCUCCCCCAAGGAGUGGGGUGCGCUGGAGGACUGGCAGAAGGACCUGUAUAAGAACGUGAUGCGGGAGAUCCACUCGGCAAUGGAGGCCAUGGGUUACAAAAUUGUGAAUGCGGAUGUUCUAUUGAAGAUUAAGGAUGAAGAGUGUGCGAAGAAGAGCAGCCUGAUUAAUGAGAAGAAGAAGUCCGCUCCAGCCUCCAGCAGAAGCAUCAGCCCUGACAUCUUACUUAGGAUAAAGCACGACGAGGUGCCGGAUUGGAGGGACAUGGAGGAGGAGGCGGAGAAAGAGGAGGAGCUGGACACCUCCAAUUCCAGUAUCCCCGUGUUCGAUCACGAUCUUUCCAUGUGGAUAUUCAAGGAGAGUCCAGACAUCAGUCUUCCAGAAGAUGAGAGAGACCAGCCGCUGCCUGCUGAUACCGCUCCAUGUACAGUUGACGGGAUGUCCAUAUCACACUCUGCUCCCUCAGCCUUUAAGGGACCAUUACCGGAGAUCUCCACCCUGCGUCGUCCUAUUUGCCCAGAGCUCCCCCGCCCAGGUAAGCGGAAGAGACGCCCGCCCCAGCGAAGGACCAGCGAGCAGCAGCCGGAAUCAGACGACGAUGAAGAGAAACCAAACCACCGCCUCCCUAGCCGUAACCUACCAUCACUGGCUGUAGCGGAGGAGAGGAAGGAUUGGACAGUGCAGAAGCGGAUGUAUCAGUGCGACCUGUGCGAGAGGACCUUCAAUGACCUCUGUAAUCUGCAGGAAAUGGUCCACUCCUGCCCGCAGUGCGGUGGCUCCCUGAACCCUCUACUCGGCCAGCUGGCUGACACCGAAACGGGUAAUUCCCAGACGCUGGACUUCUCCGAGCCUGGCUCGGACACCGGCUUGCCCCACUUUAUGCAAGGACCGGUGGGAUGGGAUCAAAUAAAAGCCCACAGUCUUCCAAUGCAGAGUCACAAGUCCGAUUACUGCCUGGACUACACGGGUAACAUAGGUCAUCCAUCAUACCUGAAUACAGGGUUUAUUUUCCAUGGAAGUCAAGCUGGCACCGUGACAUUUAAUGAUGUGGCCAUCUACUUCUCUCAACGGGACUGGCAGCUGUUGGCAGACUGGCAGAGGAAGCUGUACCGAAAUAUCAUGAAGGAGAUCCACGGAGCUCUCACCACACUUGGGUACGAGAUCGCCAACCCCGGGACCCUGGUGAGGAUUCAUCAUCAUGAGGAUCCGUAUUUCAGGGAUGAACUCAGUAAGGAAGAAACGGCAGCCAGUGCCUGGGUGUCUCACGGCGACGACCUGGAAGAACGCAUGGCUGCCGUCUCAGGCAGCGUGUCGGGACUGCCGUCCAUCAAACCUGACAUCUUACUGCGGGUGAAAAUGGAGGGCGUGACCAACGAACGGAGCAGCCAGACACCAGCGCCGAAAAUGGAGGAGGAGAGCAAAGACUCCGACAAUGCGGUGUUUAAUCCAGAGUUGGCGCUGUGGAUCAAGCAGGAGGAAGCGCAUUCCUUCCCGGGGAAAGAGGACGGGACACUUCCUGCUGUGGAAGAUGUCACCCCCCCACACAACCAUCCUGAGGAGCCAGUGAAGGUCGUACAUGGCGGGCAGCCUCUUCCAGAGGUGCUGGUGGGAAGCCUGCUGCGUUAUUUUGACGAGGAAAAAGAGAGACAGGCUCAGCUGAGAUCGUUGCCAACAAUGGUAGCUGAGCAGCAGCCGUUGAUGGUGGCAGACAGCAGCGCUCAUCACUUCUCCAUAGACUGGGGUCUGCCUGGCGCGGCCAGCACUUUCCAGGACAGUCUGACCACCGGCGGGGUAAAACAGUACAAGUGUCCGCAAUGUGAGAAGACCUUCCUGCGUAGCACACAGCUGAAAGAGCAUCUGCGCACGCACUCCGGGGAACGCCCCUACCAGUGUCUAAAAUGCCCCAAGACUUUCAACAGAAGCACCCAGCUGAAGGAUCACCAGCGUACCCACACCGGGGAAAGGCCCUUCCAGUGCACCGAGUGCGGCAAAACCUUCACACACAGCUCCAACCUCAUCCACCACCGGCGGACCCACAGCGGGGAAAAGCCUCACAAAUGUCACCUGUGUCCGAAGAGCUUUAGCCAGAACUCCGACCUCAACCGCCACCAACGCACUCACAUGGCUGGAGACCGCCCCCACCAGUGCACGCGCUGCCACCGGACCUUCAUAUAUAAGUCUCAGCUGCGGAUGCACAGUCGGGUGCACGUAGUGGAGGAUAUCCUGCGAGGUGUGGAAAGAGGGGCUGGAGGAGAGGAUGUUGUAUUUGGUACACCGCCACUCUGAUGGUUAUCCUGUGCACCACGAACCGUGGCACUUAUGAGUUUUAGAAUCCUAUUUGAAUGUAAUCAUUUAUGAAUAGUACACUAGGUCAGGGUUUGACAAAUUUGCUUGGAAUCUAGGAGCCAGCUAAAAAAGUU